AUGCCUAGCGCCAAUAUGAUUGUCACACCACGCAGGAUCGAAAUCCAUGACUCAGAUGUGAGAGCUUUGCGACUGCAAUUGAAUUGGUGUCGCGUAGAGGCCUUGGCAUUGGAACAAUCUGUUGUGGGCUCAAUAUUUUGGACGUUGGAACAAAUGAAAGAAAUAAUUGCUGAGCUAUCCACUGCAGAAGAACUUGCCAGAAGUGAUGGAACCAUGGAGGAGCAAGGCGUCACAAUCUGUGGCACACGAGUCUUAUAG